AAUCAGCCGUAGAGCGGAAGAAAGCUCCAGAAGAGCGAGGAGCAGUACAGCGGAAGAAAGCUCCAGAAGAGCGAGGAGCAGUACAGCGGAAGAAUCUCAAGCGCAGACGAAGACGAACACGAAGAACUGGACAAGAUGUACAAGACCAUCAGGCACGGCGAGAACAGCCUGCAGUACACGAUUCUGCCCCAGAACGACGACUUCCGCAUCGAGGGCAAGCUCUCGGGCGCCGGACGAUCGGCCUCCACCUCGGCAUCCGCAUCCGCUUCCGGCAAGGCCAAGGGCCAGCGACGCCGCCGUUCCUUCUUCGCCUACUUGGGCUUGAUCUUCGUGUGCACCGUGAUCAUUGGCGCCGUGCUCAUACCCUUCCUGGUCUCCGCCGAGUGUCUGCCGAAUCCCGCGGAAUGGUUCCUCAAGACCAAGGCGGCCCUGAUCCACAGUCCACCUGCAGGCGGUGGAGAGGCGGCUGGCACUUCCACACUACCCACAGGAUCUCCCUUGCUGCAGCAGAACGUGGGCCGGAAUGUGCAGAUUGUGAACCGCAAUGGCAUUGAGCAGUUCGUCAUCCGCGUGAACAAGACCACCAAUCCGAGUGCCGGCACCACCAGUGGCAUCGCCAGUGGCCCCACCACCGUGGCCACCAGCUCCGGCUCCAGCUCCAGUUCCAGUAGCAGUAGCAGCACCUCCACAACAACGACGACGACGACAACCGCUCCAGCACCCACAACCACCAGCACCACCACCUCCACCACGACAACCAGGGCGCCUCCGGUGACAACUCCGAGGUACCUGCCUCCGCCACCGCCGCCGCCGGCCACCACGAUCACCACCCGCAUCAUCCAGGUGCCGCUACUCAAGUCUGCCGCCAAGAAGCCCAUAAUGCCGCCAGUUCUGGCCAAGGCCCAGGGGCCGCAGAUCCAGACCGGAGCCGGCCAAAACUCCAGGGUGCAGCCAGCGUCGGAACCGAAAUUGGAAUCGGAAUUGGGAUCGGGAUCGGGGGACGGGCAGAAGAGCAACGCCGCCUGGAUAAAGACGCACUGGGCCUACAUCGAUCCCUCGACGUACUUCCAAUGGAGCGGCUACAAGGACGAGGAUAGCGUGCUGCUGCCCGCUCUGCUGGGCUUCGCCCUCAUCGGCGUGAUUUUGAUCAUCACGGUCUGCCUGGUGGCACGCAACAAGCGCACCAUAGUGUCCUCCGUCCGCAAGCGGAACCGCAAUGACAUCGAGGAGCAGGGCGCCGAGGACAACGCCACGCUGCUGACCACCACCAACAUGUCGGACGACGACUAAUUGGAGCUCGUCCAGAUGAUUCCCCGUUCACCCUCGGCUCCAGCUUUUGAUUUCCGGCCUGCUUGAUUCCAAGCGAUUCCAAGUCGCUGGGCCAUCGCCCACUUUGCCCAUCCGUUCGAGAUUAUCCAGACCUGCUAAGUUUGUAAGAUUGUAAGAAUGUAAGAUUGCUCCACACCAGCUAAUCCCUAUUCCAAACCCGAACCCGAUCCCCUCUCCUAUGUUUCCCCUCCCCUUCCGGCCGAGAGGCGAGCGGAAGGUGGAGCGAGAAGAGAUCCAAGAACGAAGAAGACUGUUUCUGAAACAAUUGCUUAGCUAUCCGCUCCUCGUAGUUUUCCAAUGCUCCUUCUUCGCCCCUCCCGCCCUCAAAACUGUGUGUGUGUGUGCUUGAGAGAGUGUGUGUGUGUGUGUGAUUGAGUGUGUGUGAGAGCUUGGUCUCGAUCCCCAGAUACCCCGUACUUAUAAAUAUGCAUGAGCCAGCCUGACAACUGGGCAACUGGGCUCCUCCAUGCCGGGCUCCCGAUCUCAUCCAAAGUACUUUCCAAACCAAGCGAGCUUUUUAAACAUAACCGAACGCCCAGGAGCUGUUGGCCCACUUCGCACUUGGCAAUCCACCUUAGGGCGCUCCCGCUGCUCCGAACCCCAGCGCAUCGGUGGGCAACGUAGGAAGGGGAGCACAGUGGCUACAAAUCGGAGCAGCCCGCGGAAAUCGCACUCAAAUCAAAUGAAACGUCCAGAAGUAAGAAUAUUUUUCGCAAGCAGCGUUUGCCGGACGUUGGCUACACCUUAUUUUGCAGCACAGGCAGGCGGGGAUUGGGAUACGAGUCCGUUUUGGCAGCCCGCACGCAGCCAGCAAUUCAGAUGGGGCAGUGAUGCAGUGAAUCAGUGAGGUAGUAGGGCAAUGAGGCAGAGAGACAGAGAGAAAUCGUAGUGGGGACUACUGUUCGUCUAUAUAAACUGUGUAUAACUGUGAGCAUUGACAAGUAUUUGAGAUGAUCUGUAUUUUUGUAAGCGUAAUAUUUAAAGCGACAGCCAACAAACCAAGACAACCAAAUCCAGAGAAGCAACUAUAAAGCGUAAGAUAUCGCUCGUAAGAUAUCAGCACCCAA